GAUAACAACCGAGUCAGUCUGGAGAAGGUUGUCUGAGAGCGUAUUCGGUGUUGUUUUGAAUCUGCUAGACACGGACCGGAGGGGGUAGUGUUUUCAAUAGAAGAUGGCGGAUGUUGAAGGCGAUGAAAUUCGGUCGGCUCUACCUUCGGCAUCUCGUAAUGGACCUAGUGUUGGUUCGGUAGUCGGUACCACCGGACUAAAUACCACAACGGUGACGUCAGGUCCAAGAGUAGUAAGAAUUGUCAAGUCGGAAUCGGGCUAUGGAUUCAACGUUCGUGGUCAGGUUAGCGAAGGGGGACAACUGCGGAGCAUCAAUGGGGAAUUGUACGCCCCUCUUCAGCAUGUUAGUGCUGUUUUGCCCGGAGGAGCAGCGGACAGAGCUGGCAUAUCAAAGGGUGACAGGAUCCUUGAAGUUAAUGGGGUAAGUGUCGAGGGGGCCACCCACAAGCAGGUGGUGGACCUGAUCCGGGCCGGAGAGAGGGAGCUGGUGCUGGCUGUGCUGUCCGUGCCUCCCCAGGAGGCGGACGGGCUGGAGGCCGGCGAGGAGAGUUCGGUCCAGCCCAGCCACGACUACAGCGACAAGCAGGCCGUGCCCAUCUCCGUGCCAACCUACAAGCACGUGGAGCAGCACGCCGAGAGAUUCGUGGUGUACAACGUGUACAUGUCAGGCAGGCAGCUGUGCUCCAAGCGGUACCGGGAGUUCGCUAUCCUCAACCAGAACUUGAAGAGGGAAUUUGCCACCUACACCUUCCCCAAGCUGCCGGGGAAGUGGCCCUUCUCCCUGUCUGAGCAGCAGCUGGACGCCCGGCGCAGGGGCCUGGAGGAGUACAUGGAGAGGGUGUGUUCGGUGCGGGUGAUCGGGGAGAGCGAUAUCAUGCAGGAGUUCCUGUCAGAGUCGGAUGAGAACUACAACGGUGUGACGGACGUGGAGCUGAGGAUAGCCCUGCCCGACAAGACCACCGUGUCUGUGCGCAUCCGCAAGAACAGCACCACGGACCAGGUGUACCAGGCUCUGGUGGUGAAGGUUGGGAUGGACAGCGUCAUGGCCAGCUACUUCGCCCUCUUUGAAGUCAUAAAUCACUCCUUUGUGAGGAAGCUGGCCCCUAACGAGUUCCCCCACAAGCUGUACGUGCAGAACUACACGUCUGCGGUGCCUGGGACCUGCCUGGUGCUCCGGAAGUGGCUGUUCAGCCCCGAGGAGGACGAGCUGCUCCGGGACAACCCCCUGGCCAUGCACUACUGCUUCCACCAGGCGCUGGAGGACGUGAAGAAGGGCUUCAUCAAGACAGAAGACAAGUCCUACCAGCUGCAGAAGCUGGCUGAGCAGAGGAAGAUGGCCAUGUACCUGAACGUUCUGCGUUCCUGUGAGGGCUACAACGAGGUCCUGUUCCCUCACUGCUCCUGUGACUCCCGCAGGAAGGGCCACGUCAUCACCGCCAUCAGCAUCCACCACUUCAAGCUGCACGCAUGCACCGAGGACGGAACUCUGGAGAACCAGGUGAUCGCGUUUGAGUGGGGGGAGAUGCAGCGCUGGGACACGGACGAGGAGGGCAUGGCCUUCUGCUUCGAGUACGCCAGGGGCGAGAAGAAACCUCGUUGGGUCAAGAUCUUCACGCCAUACUUCAACUACAUGCACGAGUGCUUCGAGAGGGUCUUCUGCGAGCUGAAGAGGAGGAAACAGGUGGAGGAGGAAGCCUCGGACAAGGACAACAAGAACUGCAGCAGCAGCGAAUAUCUCCCUCCUCUGGAGACCCAGAAAGGCUGGCGCCAUCUAGGGGGGGAGAUCGCCACCUCCUAAGACCUCUCCACCUCCAGAACCAGAACGAGGAUCCGGAGUCCACCCACGCCAUCACAGCCACCACACAACCCAAGACGGCGCCAUUCCGCUACCAACCAUCCCAGGACGGGCUGAGACGAGCCCGACAUCACCCGAAGAUUCACUCCAAACCCAGGGAAACACACAGCGUAGAAGAGCAUUGAAGGAAAACGGGGAAAGAGCGUGAAAAAAAAAAGAAACCUACAUGUCAUUAACUAGAUGUUCAUAGAACGCCAUAGACAUUUUCCUCCUCGCAUCGCCCCUCAGCCAUGGGGGCGGGACCUUGGCAGAGUUCUACUAUCUCACUGGUUGAGGACACAGAACGAUGUGAAGCGCAAUUGGUCAUUGAGUCACGGCAGCCUGCGAUGCCAUUGGAUGAAAGGGAGCUCCCUCGCCUGCGGCGAAACGCUCGCUGGGAUUCCUGACAUCCACAAUGUGAUUGUGACGGCCAGAUCUUCGACAUGAUUGGUUCAGGUUGAAGCUCAGAUGUGCCUCUGGUCAGCUGGACUAUGAAAUGAGAUGCUGGAGUAUGGAAACAGGAAAUGAUGUAUGAGGGGAGAGAGGGAGGGGGAGUUGGGGUGGACACUACUUUCACAGGCAGACAGGAAAGAGCAUUUCACAUGCUGGAGAAGAAUCAGAUGAAGAUUUCUAAAUCAUCUAUGGAACAAAUGGCCCAGUAAACUUGUAACAGCACUGAAGGCUGAAGUAGCAGACGGCCAUGAUUCAGUUGGCUAUAUUUGCUCACGACUAUGGCAAUGUUUCGUUUAAUGACCUAUUUUAUUGUGGAGGAGGGUAAUGUAGGUCUUAGUUCUUACGCUCAAAUUGUUCCAGUGCGCUAACCAAUCUAACUUCCUCUUCAAUAAUCAUUUCUGAUGACACCCAUCAUGUAAUGUUUUGCCGAGUCACCAGAAGUGUUUUUAUUGUCAUAGUUUGGUUUCUAUAAACAAUAGGCUUUGACCUCUUUGGGUCUUACGUGACUAGAAACCAAUGUCAGGAACAUGUGUCACUGCAGUUCCCAGUAUAGCCAGCAGAGUGCAGUAUUGUGAAGUGUUUCUCAGUAUUGAGCAUAUACCAGACAGGUCUAUCAGGAAGCUCCUUAGAAAUUGCUCCCUUGGGCUGUGUAACUCACCCACUGAGUACUGCUCUGCAGUUUGUCUAUUAACCGUGUCAGGAGGGUGUGCGUGUGUGUGUGUGUGUGUGUGUGUGUUAGAGUGCAGGAUUGAGAAUGUGGAAGUGCAGGACUCUGACCACAGCAGAGCAGGUAGAAUCAUGUUGCCUGUGUCGCCUCGCUGCACCUUGUGUAACCAAGACAACACUGUAUUGGAUUUGUCCUAGUGUGUGUGUGUCGUUGAUAGGGGGUAUUGUUCCCAGCAGACAGAACAUGACCGUGUGGCUGACAGUCGAACAGAUAGAGAUGGAUGGAAGACAUUUCCUCCCCUCCAGCCCACACUCACAGGCUCUUACAGCUGUGUUAGCGUCCCUCCCGCCUUCCUCCCUCUUAUCCCCCCAUCCACUCUCCCUCUUCCACUGUUCUCCCAUCCAUCUCUCUCUUUCCUCCCUCUGUCCUCCUUCCCCACCCGAUCCCCUCAUUUCCU